UGUGACGCUACAGGGCUGACGACUUCAACAGUACUUCUUCGGUCUCGGUCUUGGAAGCCCAGUUACCCAUCUUCUCCGAUAUUCAUUUCAACGAAGCAUCUUGAAACUGGUGCUUUGGAGAUACUACGAAUACCUACCUAGCUAGAUGAUGCCAGCAACCGAGUGAGCUGGGCUAACAUUGGUGCCUACGUCAUAGGCUCUCGCAGACAGCAAAUCCUAUCAUCCUUAGGCCCUCGGAGAGGACAACGACAACAUGGAUGAAUACACCACAGACGUAUUCGUCAACCGCGACGACUCUAUUCCUAUCGUGAGGCUAGAUGGUACUCAGUCGCGGUCAUCAACUCCCGCCAACGAACCCCCAGACCACUCUGACGCCGAUUCGCCCACCCCGCGGCGCAAAGGCCUCCGCGGCCGUCUCUCAGCCCUCAAAGACAAGGCCUCCCUCCAGGACCAUCUAGUAGAGAAGCUUCUCACCCAAGUCCUCGCCGACGACGGCCGAGACUUCCCCCAAGAUGACGGACCCAGAGGCGGUAGCAGUGGCAGCAGCCCCAACAGCGGCGGCGGCACCGGUCCCAGCACCUCACGCCCAGCCUUCAGCCUUCCCACCAUGUCGACCAAUUUCCGGCGCUUCAACAGCCGCAUUGGCGUCGUCUUCGUCUUCCAGGCGCGCGUGGUACGGCUGCUCUCGUGGCGCCACCCCACCCAUACUCUCUCCUUUCUCGCCGUCUACACCUUCGUGUGUCUAGACCCUUACCUCCUUCCGCUCUUACCGCUCGCCAUCCUCCUCAUCGGCGUCAUGAUACCCAACUUCAUCGCCCGCCACCCAGCCGCCUCAUUCGCCCUCAGUAGCGAGCAGGCCAUCGGGUACUCGCCUCACGGCCCGCCCCUGGCGCCCGCCCUCACGGUGAAACCGGUCAAAGAGCUCAGCCGAGACUUCUUCCGGAAUAUGCGGGAUCUGCAGAAUAGCAUGGAGGAUUUCAGUCAGUUACACGACGGGAUCAUAACGCUAAUGCUGCCGCGUAUCAACUUUAGCGAUGAGGCGUUGAGCAGUGCAAUCUUCUCCUUCCUGUUUGCAGGUUGUCUAGUCUUGAGCAUAGCGGCCAAUGUGCUGCCGUGGCGAGCUAUAUUUCUGGUUUUGGGCUGGGCGGUGACGAUCGUUGGACAUCCGGCUGUGCAGAAGCAGAUGGAGGGUAUGCAUGGGAAGCAUGUUAAGCCACAAGAGGACAGGGCGCUUGGGUGGAUGGAGAAGUGGAUCGAGGGGGAUGUCAUACUCGACAGUGCGCCUGAGACGAGGGAGGUUGAGAUCUUUGAGCUGCAGCGGCUGUCAGGUCCUGAUGGGGAGUGGGAGGCUUGGGUGUUCAGUGCGAGCCCCUAUGACCCUCUGUCACCGACACGCAUAGCCGGUGACCGGCCAGUUGGCACAAGGUUCUUCGAGGAUGUCCUGCCACCGCAGGGCUGGGAAUGGAGUGAGAAGAAAUGGGCUCUGGAUCUCUGGAGUCGCGAAUGGGUCGAAGAACGCAUCAUUACUGGUGUAGAGGUUGAGACGGAGGGUGAGAGAUGGGUAUACGAUAUCUUUGAUGAGAAGGAAGCGGACAGGGUUGGUGUAAUUGAGGAGAAUGAGCAGUUGCAAACCCCAGCGAAGGGGAAAGGCACGGCUCCUCCGCCGAAACCGAGCUGGGAAGAGGGGGAGGACUACGAGGGAAGGAGGGGAGACUGGAGGCGGAGAAGGUGGGUUAGGUUGGUGAAGAGGAAGAAUUUGGGCGCUGGGAAGGAAGCAAUUAGCUAGGUGGAAUUAAGUAUACCCAGAUAUCUUUCAAAGUAUUUAUGUUGGACUUUGAAAUUAUUUAUUAACCUAAUCUGUAAUGAGAUAGCUACUGGAUGCAGAGAACCAUAACAUCACUAUUCUCACUCGGCUCGACUGGUCGAGUCCCGUGGUUUCGAGCCAGUGAACAUUGGGUUUCUUUCUUGAUUACGCUGGGCCUCACGACAGUUGGGUCGAACCGAAUCGAUAG